GAAACGAAAUCGGAACGGGGCAGUCUAUUUGCAGAUUUGAACCAAAGAAGGUAUGGUAUAUACGAUCUGACGUAGGCAAGCACAGAGUACCUUAGAAUGGGAUGAAUGGAAGCAAGAGUACAGAAGAAAGACAAAGGAAGCAAAGCUCCUCGUCGGCGGGAAAAGGACAAGGUGAUGAUGAUGAGGAUGAUGGUGAAGAAGAAGAAGAAGAAGAAGAGGAAGAAGAAAGGAAGCGGAGGAGGAGGUUGGGCAGACAGUCAGUGGUUGGUGUUCUGCGUCAGCGUCAGGCGGAGUGUCGCGAUGUCGUAAGAAACGAGGAUUCCAGUGUUCGAGAGCGGUUCUGACGGCGGCAUGCCGUGGUGC